GGCUACAGCAGCACGCUCCCUUCGGGGUGGGUGGGAGACUGUUUCAGUACAGUUGACAUGUCCUGCAACAAGAAGAUCAUCGGAGGGGGCUGGUUCUACGAGGGCUUUGCGAGUGGCGGCAACGCCCCCGACCUCACCGAGGACUGGCUCUCUCCGCGCGAUAGUUCAGGGCAUGGCACGAUGUGCGCGGGAGUGGCAGCGGGUAACAGCAAUGUGCAGCCCAACAUCGGAGAAGACACAGACAGGGCGAGCGGCAUGGCACCAGGAGCACGCCUCGCCAUCUACAAGGUGCUCUGGCAGUCGGGGGGUGGCAACAUUUAUGCCACCAGCCCAGACAUCUUCGCAGCCAUUGAUCAGGCUGUCGCCGACGGUGUGGAUGUGCUGAGCCUCGCGAUGGAACAAGCCAAUUCAGAUGAUACGUACUUUGACGACUUGCCAUUCAUCAGUGUCAAUGCGGCUGGGGUGUUUGUGGCACUUGCAGCGGGCAACAAGGGCCAUCCACACAGCACUGCACCCACGGGCUAUCGCACGCUCUGCAACUUCUCUCCCUUCUACCUAACCGUGGGCGCCAUCACCAUCUCUCGCAACGGUGCAUCCAUCUCCUCCACUACACCAACACCAGCAGCAGCAGAACUACCAGCUCCUACAGUACUCGAUUUCUCUUCCGCAGGUCCACUCGCCAGGCCCUCAGGUCCCAUUCCUACAGCCGCCCACCCCUCCAACGCCAUCCUCAAGCCCGACAUCAUCGCCCCGGGGGAUUCUAUCGUUGCUGCCGUUUCCACCAACGUUGUCGGCGAUGCGGGGGGGUUUUGGUGGAGCUCAGGGACGUCCCAGGCCACAGCUCAUGUCACUGGCAUUGCUGCUCUCAUCAUCCAGCAACAUCCUGAUUGGACCCCGGCGCAAAUCAUGUCGGCCAUGACGACUACAGCGCGGACUACGGAUACCAGAAAAAAGGCGAUUAAAACAUAUUACUGGGGUGCUGCGACGCCCUGGGAGAUGGGAGCAGGGCAUGUGGUGCCUGCUAGGGUGGUUAACCCCGGGUUAACCUAUGAUGCCGGGGAGCAGGACUUCAUAAACUUUCUUGCCGGGCAGGACUAUAACCGUGCGAGGGAUGAAUUUGGCACAGAUGUCAAAGCUCUUUCUGCGAGGAAUCUGAACCGGCCAGCCAUCUCGCUGCCCAAAGUGCGCAACAAGGCCAAAGUUAGGCGCACAGUAACGAAUGUCGCGGAUACAACGUCGACGUAUAAGGUGAGGAUCAAGAAACCUGCUGGAGUGGACGUGAGGGUGUCGCCAUCACGCUUCACAAUCGCCCCUGGACAGCGAAAGACUUUCAAGGUAACUGUGGUGGUGAGGUGGGCUUCGCAGUCUUUCAAAUUCGGCAGCAUCACGUGGGUGGAUGGCCACGGGCACUCUGUACGGUCCGUGUUGGCCGUCCAGCCGUUUAGUGUGUGGUAA